AUGUUAGGAUCCAUCGUGGAUGUCAUCGACGCGAAGACGCACCGGAUCUUGAAUGACUGGACAACCUCGUAUGAGGAUGAAAAUAACAGGUGGCAGAGCGUCGCCAUCUGGGCAGAACGAAUGAUUCGCGAGCAAUUCGAGCGGGAUAAUCUUUCGAGGGCUCCAAUCCCAAACAAGCAAAGGACAGUGCUCGUCCUUACCGUGUUCGAGAAGCUCAGCAUGUUAUUUGCGCGCUUUGGGCCCGUGUUCGCUGUUCUCCGUCGCGAGCUCCUCGCUUCGAUCUACGUGAACGAUUUAUAUAUGGAGCGUGGCCACAAUUGGAUAGCGCGUGAGGCCCAUUUUACUAAUUACCUUGAUACGUCUGAAGCACUUCUCGAGCGCCCGACGUGGUUUGAAAAGCACGCCCAUGUCAACCACCAGCUGCACAAUGCCAAGGAGAUAAUGAUGGGCGGAGAUGCCGAGGAUAGAACGGUCGAUGCGUUCAAGAAGAAGAUGGGCAAGCAAUUUAGCAGGAUGCUGGACCCGACGACAAGCCUCCUGCGGCGGGCUCUGUUCUCGGUCUGGAAGAAUUGGCUCUUCAGGGAAGACGACAAGAAUGCCAUCCUGAUACGAGAUCGCGCUAAGCGGAGAGAUGCGGACCUUGUGAGGCUCACAUUUAAUGCGCUCCUCAUAACUUUGACUCGCAAGUACAAAAGCAUCGUAGAAAAGCUCAAACGUCAGGGGUCCAUCCUUGCUCGCUGCCCCUACGCACAGUUCACUAAAACACAGAAGCAAGAAGCAGCCACGAUCGUUCAACUACUUGUGACCCACGCACCUCCUUUCUUCGAAAGAACGCAGGGAGGCGCAGUGCUCGAUAUGGCCAUGCGGCAGUGGCUCGGUAAAGACCAGGGGUGGCAGGCUAGCGCCCUUCAAAUCGAAGAGAUGGCUAAGCGCGUCAACCGGCGUCGUCACCCAGCGUUCAAGCGGUCUGGAGAGCUUCCUCGGGGAUGGCGCAUCGGCCUGCACGAUAAUGAGGUCCAGAACAUCGCCGAGCCGGAGCCGUGCGCUGUCUGCAUAGUCCGCGAGGCCGUCAAGCGGGUCCACGUUGGAGCACAGACAACAGCUGCACCCUGCCCGGAACUGAUCGUUGAAGACGUCAAGAAGAAAGUCGUCAAAUCGAAGGUUGAGAAGGACAUUGUGGUGCCUCCACUCCCCGUUGAGACGUCCUGUGUUCUAAUUGCGGAUAUCUACGACGUCAUUGUCGCGUCGGAGAUCAAGAGCCAGGCGCUCCGCAGUCAGGGUCUCCCCUCACCCGAUCUGUCGCUCAACGAGCUUGUGCGCGACUGCCUCAACCGAAAGUAUGGGAUCCGGACCCUUGCCAACAAGAACCUCCAAGGCCUCCUCACGGGGGCUCGCGUCGAUGCGCAUCCCAGGCUUGAAGUCUUCGCCAAGCUCUGGGGCAUAUGCGCGGGCACCCCGAAGGAGAAACAAUUCCUCCUGAACCGUCACCCACUGCUUACGACCACUUAUGGCCAUGCCUUCUUCCGACUCUUUUCGCGAUUUCUCUCAGAGCUGCUGGCUGCUGCUCGUGAGUGGAAACCCGAGUUCCCUAAGCUCAGCAUAGUUCUCGGCUCUAAGGAACGGGUCAUUAAUAAGGAUGCUGUCCGUCAGGCGAUUGGGAUCGUCUGCACGACUGUAGCUUCGACACAGUACUACGCUGAGGUCAUCGCCACCGGCCUCGCUGCGAUGCCGACGACAAAGGAAAAGUUGGUAGAGCGCAACAAAAAUAAGGUGGAGAUGGUAGUAAUCGACCAAGCAAUUCUCAUGAUACUGCCAUGGCUCGUGGAGGAGCACAAGCAGACCGUUCUCGGCAACAUCACCUUUGCGAGCGCCACCCGAAUCCAACGAUUCCUCGUAAAGCGGGUUCGUAACGCACAAGAACUCGGGAGACAAUGCCUGCUCUGGGCUGAUGUAUUCGAGCGAGUCGAUCGUCGGCUACACAACAGUGGCGGUAACGGACACGAGAGAGGACUCUUCACCCUUCCUGAAUUUCAUGUGCUAGUAGAAAUGUCGCAUGGCGCAGCGCUUUCCGAACGCCUACUUAACACUAUGUUUGAUAAAUGGCACGAGCGUUGCUCUGUCCUUGGCAGAGCAGAGCUCAAGGAGAAGCGCAAAUCGUCGGCGCUGCACAAUGCCGCUAUCUCGAUUCAGCGACACGUGCGCGUCAGACUUCAGUAUGGGGCCCGCGCCACGGCGCUCAGAGCAUCCCGCUCGAGAAUCUCAAUCGCUGCUCAUCUGAGCGCUAACCGCCAAGCAUUCCUUGAAGCCAUGCAGCGUGCUGCCAGGCUGCACGCUAUCGAAAAAGCAUUCUUCUUCUCUACUAUGAAGUGGCAGACUCCAGAACAAGAACGUGUGGCGGCUAUCGAGGCGGAAAGGGCCCUCGGUCCUAUCGCCAAACAAGCCUUCGGCUGGACCAUGUGUGCUUUUGGCUUCUAUGCCGCAUCGUAG